ACCCUAAACAAUAAAUAGGAAGAAGAUUCAUUGCAUAGAGGUGGAAGAAAUCAUUGGCUCCCGCCAUGGAAGAAAUCGAUGGAUUGAGAAACCAAUUAGCAACCACACCGCUGCAUUUCAAAGAAUGGAACGAUUGAUGAAGGGUUUUACACUUUAGUGAAGCUAAUGCUUAAAUUUUCUGAUCAAUUUUGCUUGCUCCUUCUAUAGAAUACCCGCAGAGAACAAUUUGAACCGACUUCAAUGGACCGCCUUUUGGAGGAGGGGUCAUAAGUUGAUCACAGCAGUUCCCCGAAGAGACAGAGAGUUUUCGUUCAAAAACUUGAAAACUAUUAUGUUUGAAGAACUUGUUUCACAAGUUGAUGAUUACUGAACUCUUGCUCUUGAGUCAUUCCCGGCGACUGAUUGAAGUUGUCCAUUUUCGAUUCUCUUGCACGUUAACCGAGCAAUUCCCCGGAACUUGGGAGAUUUUAGACUAUGGGUUUCGUAAGAAUUUGAGUUCAGUAAUCUGGCUGUUCUUAUUUAACCCUUUAAUUUUGCGGGGAUUUGAAAAUGGCGGAGGAUGCUGUGCCGAAGCCUGAAUCGUCUAAUUCCUGCUGUAAAGCGUGGAAGGAUAAGUACUCAAAGCUAGAAGAGAAAAGAAAUGCUUUACGGCAAGCAGUCAAGCUACUUGAGCAGCAAAUCAAUAAGAUUCAGGCCGAGAAUCUCAAUCUUAAAAAAGGUUAUGAGGAGGAGAAGGCUCGAGCUUCAAUUGAGAGAGAGGGCAAAGACAAAGAAUCUACUAUUAGAGUGUCUUUAGAGCGGGAAAUUUUGGACUUGAAAUCUCAAAUUUCUUCUUUGGAACAAAAUAAUGUAAAUGCUGUUAAUGAUCAUGGGGAAGUGGAGCAUCUUAAUGCUCUUGUUGCUGAGUGUAAGAAGGAAAUUAGCCAACUAAAAGAACUUCUCGAGAUAGAGAAGAGAAGGACAGAUGCUGAAAAGAAAAAUGCUGAAGUGAGGAAGGAGGAGGCUGCUCAAGCUUGGAAAACAGGGAAGGUUGAAAGGAGUAAGACUAGUGACUCUAGGAAGUUUCACAAAACUGAAAUGGAUAAGGCUAAUGAAGGCAGACAACAGCUAGGGAUGUUGAAAAAGGAAUGUGAAGAAACAAAGUUAAAGUUGGCUAGCGAAACAUCUAAAUUAAUGGAACUUAUAAAAGAGUUGGAGGUAGAAAAGCAAAAUACUUUCAAAGAGAAAGAGCGUGCAGAUUCUGAAAUGUCUAAAGCAGAGGAUUCAAGGAUGCGAGCUGAAGCCAUCAGGAAGCAGGCUGAGGGAGAAAAAUCUAGGGCUGAAAAGUUAUUGAAGCAAUUGGGAAGAAAGAAUAGCAAGAUUGAGGAAUUGCAGAAGCAGGUCAAAGAACUUCAGGCCUCGAAAAUUAGUAUUGAAGCUCGUUGUAGGCAACUUGACAAGAAGACUGAUAGCAAGGCUGUGGAACAGAAUGAUAAGCCUUUGUCGGAAACGAUACAGAGAGAUGCAAAUGAAAUUAAGUUGGUUUACGAUUUAUUGAAAGCUAAGGAGGUUAACAUGAGGCAUAAGAUGGUUGGAGAUCUGGCAAUUAUGAAGGAAAAACCAAUGGAUUUCAAGCAAAUGACAUCAGAAGAUCUGAAAAACCGUAUAGGGAUUUAUCAUAAGAAGGCCAUGGAUGAGCAAUGCCGUGCUGAUAAAUUGUCUUUUGAAUUAGAAGAAAAUAAAAGGAAAGUUGAGGAAUUGCAAAAGAAGUUACGUGAGUUCAAGUCUUGUAGGAAAUUAGUUGAUGCAUCUGUUUCUUCUGAACAUGCUACGAGUUCUGAACGUGCAGAAAUGAAGCUUUUGAAAAAAAAGCUAAAGUUUGAGAAGGAGCGAGUAGAACAUGCAAGACAAGUGGCUAACUUGGAAAAAACUCAUCGUUCCAUGAUUCAACAAGAUCUGGGUCGUUUUAAGCUAGAGUUUGUCCAGCUGUCAAACCACUUGGAUACUAUACAUAAACUUGCCUCUACUGGUGCUAAGGAUAAUCAUGACUUGGAAAAGACUAGGAAUGCUGAGAACUUGCACAGGUUGUACUCUAAGAAGCAUAUACAGGCUAUAGAGCCAUUCCAGACAUGGAUGCCUGAAAGUAAUUUUAGGCGGAUGAUCCCACAACACGGUGCUCCAUUGCUUUCUUCAGAAGGGAAUCAUGUCACAUCUGUAUCAGGUAUCGAAUCUAGGUUGGAGUCUCUUCCUGGAGGCUCUAACAGAAAAAUGUUGCAAAGUUGUGCAGUCAAUUCCAGUACAGCAUCUUUUUCUGACGGUCAGUUGGUCGGCUCACAGGAUAAGGCUGGCCUUUGUUUGACAGCAGCAAAAUUGGUUGGAGAGAAUUUGAACGUGCAACCAAAAGUAUCCAACUUAACUGGUGAACUUAGUAAGAUGAAAAGCAAUGAAAAUCUUGCUAUGGUGGCUGAAAAUAGUGUCAGAAGUCCUAUAAAAGACCAUGUUGGAAGAGCUAAUGAAAAACAAAAAAAGAGAAAAAGGACCAUUGAAACUGUUGAAUCCAUUGAAUAUUUGUAUCAUAAAAGUAAGAAAAUGCAUUCUCAGAUUGAAGAGAAGUUGUCUCUUUUGCAUACUUUAAACCGCCCUACUGAGAAGCCCUCAAGAAAGAGUGAAGAUGUAAUAUCAAACCCGCCUCAAGAUUCUUCCGCUGAUAAGAAAUUUCGGAAGAAGACAAAUUCUUUGUAUCAGAAGAAAAUAAAGAUGCAAGGUUUACUUGAUAAUGAUGAGAUAAAGUUGAAUAAAGUUGAUACUGAAGUUUGUGUGCCUGAAAGUGUUAGUAGACAACCCUCUCAACCCGUCAGCAAACUUACAGACAGUUGUCAGCCAUGCCUAGAGGAACUCGAUAAUUCUGUCAUAAGUGAACUUCAAAUCUUGGAAACUUUUGGGAACAUAGCAGGUGGGGACUAUAUGAAAUUGCUAGAUUUGGAUAGUGCUGCUGACGAGAAAUGCUACAGGAGAGCAAUGGAAAUGCCACUUUCCCCUUCACUUCCAGAUAUUUGUGUUCCUGGCACUGAAACAUCUGCUUUGAAUGAUUUUGAGCCUUUAGUAGACGAGUUCCAUAAAAAAUUGCCAAAAGAAAAAGGUCAGCCACAUUCGCAUAGCUAUGAUGUUAUCGAUGUUGAGAUUAAGUCCAAUUAUACCCAAUCCUGCAACUCUGGCUUGUUAAGAGAUAUUCAUAGCAGUAAACGCCAAGUUGAUCCGUGUUUAAUGCUAGGGAGCCAUGGGAGUGAUCUUUGUGAUAUUGUACAGGCAGAAAAGAUCUGUCUGGAUAAGGUUGGGGUCAUUGUAGAGAUGCCUGGGACAGAAUUCUCUCUUUCUGGUUGUGAAGGGGUGGAAACGUCAGAAAUUAAAUCUGGAUCCCAGGACAAUUUUGUCCCUGAUUUUUGUGUUCUUUUCUCUAAUGCAGAAGACUGCCACAGCAUUUCCAGGAUUUUUUCAGCAACUAGGGCUUGUAUAAAGAGGAUCUCUUUGACUAGUCAAAAAGAGUGGAUGGUGCAAGAGAUUUUGGCAGCCCUUAACAUGGAGCAUAGACUUUUACCAAAGGAGAAGACUUGUGUAUUCGUUUCCUUGGUGCUGCUCAACUUCACCGUUGUUGCUAUGCAUAGGUAUGGGAACUUUCUGAACUGCAAGACCUGCAUGGAUUCUUUUUCGGGGCACAUAAGUGAAGCAAUGCUUAAUGUGGAAACAAGAAGCUUGUUUGCUGAAUUGUGCUGUUUGGACGAGUUACUUGCCCUCAUAGAAGACUUCAUAAUAGAUGGACGGGUCCUGUCAUGUACUGAUGCCUCUUUCGAGACAUUGACUGAAGGUGGUGUGAGGGUUAACAUCCCUAUUGAUGGUGUAGACAGAACAUUGUCGUUUGUACCAGCAUCAGCAGACUAUUUGAUUGCAGGGAGUUCCAUAUUAGCAUCAAUUUCUAAAGCAGUUGAUCGUACUGGCCUUCUUUGGGAGGUGUCAUAUAGUAUUUUAAGGAUCUGCAGGUAUGAAUCAUCGCAGAUGUUAACUAUGCUUCAUAUUUUUGCACAUAUUGGUGGAGAUCAGUUUUUCAGUUUGGAAGGUUACUCUAUUUUGAUGGCUGUCUUGAAAUCAAUAAUCAUGCACCUUGAGUUGGUUGGAACAUCAGAUGAUGCUACUUUCACCCUACCCAAAAGAAAUUGCAGAACAGAGUUUGUUCAAUGUGCUAAUUGCCCUUUCUCAGAGGAAGUAAUGUCAAUGCCCAUGGUUGUGUCUUUUCUACUGCAAUUAAUCCUGAAAAAUAUGUCAAAUGGGAUUAUGGCUGAAGAUUUAGAAAAUGCUACCAGUUCAUCCAAUCUGAAAUCCUUGUUUGAAAGAAAUAUUCAGAUUCCAAGUGAAAAUUCUAGUUGUAAAGAGGUCCAUCCAGCACUGUAUUUGGACUGUGAUGCAUCUUGUUGUUUGAAGAAGUAUAAGGUGUCUGAUGAUCAACCAUGCUUUUUCUUCAACCCAACAUUGUGUGAUGUUAGCGACGCGAUCUCAUUGGUUGAACUGAUAGCAUGCUACAUGAGCUGGAAUUGGACAUGCGUUAACAUUAUCUCCCAGCUGCUGGAAUUAUUGAAGUCAUCUGUAAAGGAGAGUCUUGCUAUUGUGAUUCUUCUAGGUCAACUUGGGAGGUUUGGCGUGGAUUCUGGAGGCUUUGAAGAUGGAGGAGUUAAAAUCUUGAGAUCUAAUCUAUCAGAAUUUCUUUGCCUGGACACUACCAUUAAAUCUGGUCUUUGUGUUCAAAUUGCUAUUGUUUCUGCCCUGUUAGGCCUUCUCCCUUUUGAUUUUGAAACAAUCGUUCAAGAUAAAGGAAGCUAUCCACCCUCUUUGAGUCAAUAUGUUGAGGUUAACUUGAUAAAGACGUGGUAUUCUUUAUUGAGCUCGAAACAGAAAGAGUUGUCAUGUAACAUUUUACAAAUUUCUGUUGCGAUGUAAGCUGAAAUUUGAUUUCCUUUCUUGACGCAAGCUUAACCCAACUGACGUUGCAACCUGUUUUGGAGGCGUGGACAAUGUCCUGCUGACUUUAACGACAAAGUUGAUUUGUACAUCUGUGGUCUUCUGUCGGAUUUGUGGUUAUAUACUCUUACUAUUCAAAUAACAAAGAAACAAGGAGUUCAAGAGUGCCUUAAUUGUGAUUAAUUUGUGUCUACAGUUAUUAUUACUGUCACCGACAAAUCAUAGUGCAGAAGUGCAAUGUGUUGUCGCUUUCUGAUCAGCCCAGUUUGCACGUUGUUCUUGGAAUUUGUGAACAGUAGCACUUAUGGAGGGGACACAAAUGACCAGCCAUCUAGAUCUUCCUUCGGUUACCAGCCUAAAGCUUGCAGACUGGCCCCAUCUAUUGGCCGGCCUCAGAAGAGAAGAGUUGAGUGCGUGGGGGAAAGGCUUGGAAUUACGAGCAGAUAGGAUGUAGGGAAAGUUGAAGAUGACUCAUUAAUCUUUUAAGUGGAGACUGUUGGGUUUGUAGAGCUAAAUCACUCUAAAGGAGUCCAAAGUUAUCAUGGGGCACUGCAGCGUAAAUCAGCAUAUCUAAGAAAACAUUAAGUCAUACAAUUGUAGCAUUCCAUGUUGGGACAGUGCCAAAUUGAUGUCGUGUCAUGAUGCUCGUCUCUUAAAAGAAGAACUUCAGGAGGUGUUCCGGGGGGUUCUCCAGCUAUAUAAAGAACAGAUUUAAUCCAGCUGGUUUCAAUACAAUCUUUUGGUGUC